GAGGUAGAGGGGUCGAAGAGGAGGUUUUAAUUAUUAAAUAAUGUUGUUGUCUUUUCAUAGGGUUUGGAAGUCCCAUUGUUGGCUGUCCUACAGUGGCACAGUCCAGUACAUCCUGCCAUGAGAUGCAUCUCUACUUGUUACUCGAUACCCAGUGUUCACUUAAAUCGUCCAGAGUUGGUGAUGAUGGCGUCCUGCCCAAGGACCGUCAGGCCUCAACAACACUUCUGGGUGAAAUACACACUGCUCAACAAUUUGCAAGAUUUCCUUGCUGCUCGUCUGAUCUGGAAUUCAGAGGGAGGAAGUCAGGAUCCCAGUGUGGGAGCGGUUGUGUGCCAGUCUCCACUCAACAACCUGGGCCAGUGUAAGAAAGGCUCCAUACUGUCCUUCACUGUGGCCUUCCAGAUUCUCAAAACUGGGAUUUUUGAGCUGAGCCAGCAUAUGACGUUUACAGCUUCUGUGCCCGCACCGCCCACGGAGCCUCAGUCACCUUUGAAAAACACCUUCGGAGGACAUAGCCUGAGCCGAUUAAAGAGCUUCCCCCACCACCAGCCAUUUUGGUCAGUAAAUCUCAGGUAUGGAGGGUCAUUGUACACGAGUGCUUCUCAAACUGUGAGGCAUUGA